CCGUAGAGAACAGGGAUAAGAAUCUGAAUAAAAUAGAUUUGCUAUCUACUGAAUACGCUCAAACCAUUGGCCCCAACUGAAGCCUCUGAAAAACGUCCUUAUGGAAAAACCACAAGCGGCAGCCAAGUGCGUUGUGGCAAAAGAUCUAGGAGCUAUGGACACCCUGCUAAUGCAUAGAGAUAGAAUCGCAGCGCUGAUUGUCAUAAAUGGACGCCGUCGUGUUGCCACCAUAGACACGGGAUCGACACGAAGCAUUAUCAGCGCGGACAUCGCCAACAAGAUCAAAACAGAUUCGAAUCAUCUAAAGGUUGGAGUGAAAAUCCUCCUAGCUGACGGUUCGAAUACAAACGUAUCGCAGGCCAUGGCAGUGGAGAUUCUGCUGGGACAAACACGCACGUAUAUUGUCACACUGGUGAUGCCCAACGUGACGGACGACGUUCUUUUAGGCUUGGAUUUCUUGCGUCAGACCAGAGCGGUGCUCCAAGUCGGCCCAAACCAUCUGCGUUUGUUUCCGUUGCCAUUAGAACGUAGGUCUUGGGAGGCAGGCGGGAGAAUCGAGACGCGCCCAAAUGCAAUAGAUCUGGCAAAAAAAAGAGCCGCCAACUGGGUGGCAUUGGGAGGGACGAUUCCCAAGGACAAUGGCUACGACCGCAUGGUGCAGAGAAAGGCAUCAGUCGCGACAAGGUACAGCAGUUCCACCUGCGAAACACCUGCAGACGGAUCUCCUAGCGCAUAUGUUCAGUUAAAGCCAGAGGAGGAUUGGAUGGUAGCGCCCACAGAUUGGUGGGUAACCACACCGGACCGACGCCUCCCAUCGAUGCUAAUCGAAUUUGUUCUCAACCAUAUCGAAAUGUGCGGAAUUCAACGCAGACGUUUUAGACGACAAGUGGAUGGCAGCGUAUUUCGCGUGUGUAUGUCUGCCGCCGGCAGGGUAAUCAUUUAUCCUCGCUAGAAGAGUAAAGUAGGAUUGGCGAAGUAACAUAUCUGACCAACGCCGCAUACAUGGUUUCCAUUAAUUGACUAAGUAAUUACAUCUUUACUCUACAUGUCUAAUCCAUUCGGUUUUCCCAUAAAAUGUGAU